AGAAAAUCGAGAAAACCAAGGAGAAAUAAAGGCUGCAUCGUAAAAAAGCUGAAUUAAGAUACGCUGAAAGACAAUCCUCAAGUGCCAUGUGGCUUGUCACGCUUGUUGAGAUAUCUACCUUCAUAGCCGUUGGCAUUGCCAGCAACUUCUACGUCGACACGGUCAACGGAUGUGACACUCCUAUUUUUCACCGUCACCAUGGUAACGCCUUACUAAAUCACGUGAUCAAGACCCUGCCUCUGUUUUUUGCGGACUGUAUGACGGCAUGCCAAGAAACAUUGGGCUGUUUUUCCAUCAACUACUACAAGAAUCAAGGUUUCGUGUGUGACUUGAAUCGAUCUACCAAAACACAAGAUCCCGGAUCAUUUGUGCGCAUGUCAGGAUAUGAGUAUGCUGAGGCUGAGAAAAAAAAGUAUUGUGAAAAAAGCAAGUGUCAUUCAAAAGAAGCUCUGCCAGAUGGUUGGUUCAGCCUGGACGAUUCGAAGUUUAAGUUCAUUUCUGAUAAAAAGUCCUGGCAAGACUCCAAGCAGCACUGCCAGACAUUUGGCGCGAAACUAGCGUCCUUUGAAAGCGAACUUGAAAGCAGGUUUGUUCAUCAAACAAUGAACAUGACAUCUACAGUAAAUACUCCAGCACCAAGUGGCGAUAACCCUACUACACCAAGUGGAGGUGGAGGCAAUAGUGGAGGUACUACCUUAGUCGCUGUCAAAAUGGACGGUACUGAUCCAAGCGAAACCUUCAGUAUGUUCAACGGUGCUGCAGCAGUUGACGUUGACGGGAAGAGAGCCGUUUUUUUUGACGGAAUGGACGACUACGCAACUGUCCCUCGAUUUGAUAUUACUGGAGAUCUGACUAUUGCAUUUUGGGUGAAAGCUGAAGUAGCUUCUAAUAAGUACCUCUUUUCGGAUUUUGAUGCCGCUAAUAAUAAAUAUAUGUUCAGGAUUUACGUAUCAUUGGGAAAAUUGGCCUUUUCUCUACAAGGCACUACGGGCUCAGCUAUCAUAGGGCCACUGAAAUCGUCAAGUAAUUUCCCCCUCAACGUAUGGGUUCACGCGGCGAUCACAUGGAAUCGUAGUACUAAAGAAGGAAAGGUGUUCCUUGAUGGAAACCCCGAAGGGUCAAUGACCUCAACUGCAAACGACCUCAAUACUUACAACUCACCCAAUCAAAAUUUUGAGAUUGGAGCUCGAAAACAAGGAAGCUCGACUCAGUUUUCAGGAUAUAUGCAAGAAUUAUUUGUGAUAGAGAAAGCUUUGAGCCAAGCCGAAAUAACAGCGUUGAAAGAUAAUGGACCAUCGGCUGGACCAAACCCCGCACCCACACCAGCGGCAGACGGUGGAGGUCCCUGGGUCGGACUGAAUGACGUCACCACUGAGGGAACAUUCCAGUGGUCUGAUGGAUCACCGCUGACCUACUACCAGCUUCAGAGCUCUGACAACACGGAAGAAAAAGACUGCGUUCUUUUGCCAAACGAUGGAGACAGUUCAAGCAAGUGGAUUGUAGCAGAGUGCACUCAGGAAAAUCCUUUUCUUUGCAAGAAACAUUAAAUCCAGACGCUGAUGUUUCAAGAUAUUUUUUGACGUUUCAAAAUUAAGGGUUAAGUGCCUUUUUCACGCGGCAGCCAUCUUGGUUUGACCACGCGGCAGCCAUCUUAGUUUGACAAUAGAUUCUACCACGCGUAACCUCUCAUUCACGCUUUUAGGAAUAAAAUUUAGGUUGGUUAAACAGAGGUUUCUUUUCUCAUGAGAAUAAACAUGACCGCCGUGUAAUAAAGGUCUACUGACCAGUUUCUAUACAAGUUUUCAAUAGUCAAUCACGGAGCAGAUGAGCAAAGCGAAGGGUAGAACUUGCAUGUUUUGUGCUUGACCAAUGAACCGAUGUAUGGACAUCUAAAAAAGAAGAUUGCUCAGAGGGUAUCCUAAAAAUAUCUUGCAUUUGAUAUUAAGUCCUUUUGGUAGUCCAUUUUGCACCGCUUAAGAAAACAUGGAAAAUUCAAUUAGCACUUUUCUAGAUUAAGCUCAUUUUCACUGGCACAUCUUCAAGUGUGAACCAUCGGCUAUUUAUGAAAUAGAAAAUCAAGGCAAAAAGAAUGGACUAUACAACCUUUGAUUGUAAUAGUUUUGGAAGUGGUUUUAAAACCUAUAAAAAAUAUCAAUUUACACCUGUAUAGCGUAUGAAUGACGUGCGCUCGUAUUAACUCUUGUACAUGUUUACCUGCAGCUAGUAUGUAGCCACGUUUGUGACGUCAGAGCUUUGGAUGCUUUUGGAGUAUUUUUAGACUCUUUUACUUCGUUUUCGACUUGAUUUCAUAUACUUAAACAUUGUGAAAUAUGAAAACUAGUGGGAUAUAUAAGGUAUUGUAAGUAAACUCAGGCCUCAAUCAA